UUAAACUGGGCGCAAGCAGCCCCUCCAUUUCAUUAUUUGGAGUAACUUAAAUAAAUCAAAUGAAAACGAUAACAAAAAUUUAUACGAUUCCCUUGGUGAGAAAUGUGAAACUACACAACAAAAAUUCCAAGUCACGGGAAUGUUAAAGGACAAAGCACCCUUAAUUUUCACACACAACUCUGUCUCUCUCCUCACAUUUUGUAUGCCUCCACUCCACCAACUAGAUCUUCUAUAAAUCAGAGGUUUUGAGGAAAUUCAGGCUUCCAUUUCCCACCUUGUUUCUCAUCUCUUCCAAUGGCUUACUCACCACUAAUUCUCUUGAUUGCUUUUGGGUUCUUCACUCUUCAACUUCAUGCUCUCAACAUCGGUCUUCAAGCAAAUGCAGGUCUCAGCUUGUUCAAACAGUGCAGUAAAACAUGUGAAUCAAUGUUCUGUGAAGCUCCUCCAUUUUUACGAUAUGGGAAAUAUUGCGGGCUCUUGUACACUGGAUGCCCAGGAGAGCAGCCGUGUGAUCGCUUAGACACUUGUUGUAUGCAUCAUGAUCAAUGCAUAUCCAAGAUGGGAAAUGAUUACUUGAGCCAGCAAUGCAAUAAAGAAUUCCUGAAAUGUGUGGAUUCGUUCAAGAGAUCGAGGGCAGCCUCAUUCAAAGGCAACACGUGUGAUGUUGAUGAUGUUAUCAAAGCCAUUAACAAUGCCAUGAAAGCUGCUAUCGUUGCAGGAAGAGUUUUUGGUAAACCUUAAACAACAACGUUACUUUAUUAAUCUUUUUAUGUAUCAAAAAAGAUCCAAAUUUUUUGUUUUUAGUUUUUAAAUUUUCCCUACGUGGCCAUUGUAUGUUUGAUGGGGAAUGAUAAGAUUUGGGUUCUUAUUUUAUCCGUUUGUUGGAGUU